AGCUUGGGCUUUUCUUGGGUGUACCAACCACUAGCUCAUUGCUCUACCAAGAGGAGUUUGAUAAGAUGAAAGCAAAGGACCCCGAGAACUUCAGGGUGGAUUAUGCAAUAAGCAGAGAACAGGCGAACGACAAAGGAGAGAAAAUGUAUAUCCAGACUCGGAUGGCGCAGUACGCAGCUGAAUUAUGGGAGUUGUUGAAGAAAGACAACACUUUUGUCUACAUGUGUGGACUUAAGGGAAUGGAGAAAGGAAUUGAUGACAUUAUGGUCUCAUUGGCUGCAAAUGACGGUAUUGACUGGUUUGAUUACAAGAAGCAGUUGAAGAAGGCAGAGCAAUGGAACGUUGAAGUCUACUGAUC